ACAGCCCCAUAACGUGUGGUCUGCUUUCCAACUUCCCGCCACCUUAUUUUCUCCCACUCCCGCCCCGUGAAAACAAACGCUCUUCCUUUUGUACAGUGGAAGACACCAACCUCUUUGUUUCUUCUAUAGCUACAGUCGCAUAGAGAGAGAGACAGACAAAAACAAUGGUGUCAACAAGGAGGAAGAGAGCUAAAAACACCAUAACCGAUGUUAACAUUAACAGAGAGAAUGAAGAAGGAGAAGGAGGCAUUAAAAGAAAGGGAUAUGAAGAGUUUAGACUGCUGAGGAUUAAAGAGAAUAAGGAAAGAAUGCAGAAAUUGGGAAUUAUUGAACUUUCUCUCAAUCUCAAAUCUAAAGUUGGUCCAGUCAAAAAAACCACUCCGACUGAUAAGAAACCUCCUGACCCUUCUGUCUCCCCAAGGCGUUCCACUAGAUUGAAGAGUAUUACUCCAGUUAACUAUACGGAAAUCACCACUAAAACAAAGAUAGAGGCCUCUAAGGACUUGGAGAUUCGGUUACGAGAAGGUACGAAGCCAGAGAUAUAUACAGAAGAACAUGAAAAGCUUUUGGGUGAUUGUAAGACAGAUUGGAUUUUGUCUGUGGAUGGAUAUGGGAAGGAUGGAAAGCGCAUAUAUAAUCCGGAGAGAGGAGAAACAUGCCAUCAAUGCAGGCAGAAAACUCUUGGGCGCCAUACCCAUUGCAGCAAAUGCAACUUGGUCCAAGGAAAAUUUUGUGGGGAUUGCUUAUACAUGAGAUAUGGAGAGAAUGUGAUUGAAGUCAAUAGGAACCCAAGUUGGAUUUGCCCUGGUUGCCGCGGAUUUUGCAACUGCAGUCUUUGCUGGAAGGCAAGAGGGUGGGCACCCACUGGUCCUAUUUAUAGAAAGGUUUCAAAGCUUGGUUUUAAGUCUGUGGCACAUUAUCUAAUUCAAACUCAACGCGAACAUAUUUACUUGGAAGAUUCUGGUGUUGCAAGUUUGGAUCCUGAAUUGAGAGAGUUGACUGUUGCGGAUAAAGCAUCACUGCUCACCAACCAUGAUGAAUCUCUGGACACAAAUGAGCAUCAAGAUUUGCUUUCUGAUCUCCAAUCUGAUGAUGAUGAAGUUGAGAUGGAAGAAGAGGAAAAGCAAGUGUAAUGCUCAGAUAGUGGCAAGCAUUUUGAUUUUAGGCCAUAGGGUGUGAUGACAUUUUGAGUAAUGAUAACGAGUUGAAGAAAGACAGAGAGCAGAUGGGCAUGCAGGAAUUUGAUGAAUCAAACAUACAAUCCGGUUGCUGAUUUACAUGAAACCGACUUUUUACCACCAUAGUUACCGAGAUUUUGCUGGAAGGAUGAAUAGAUGCUUCCAUAGUUUUAUCAAUUAGGAUCUAAAUUCCGUGCAGUUGUACAGAGAUGGAGAAAUUAGUUUGAAGUUUUAUUGACAUGCUGAUUUUGGCAAGUGAUACUUUGUUUCUACUUUGUACCUUGAUGGCUUCAUUGGGCACAUCUACUUUUUUUGGUUUGUUUUGGUACAUUUGACAGUACAUAGAGCUAUUUUGAUUGUCA